AUGGCGAGCAUAGACCGCUACCGUCCGCCUCGCGAGGGCUAUCAGCCGCCCGCCCUCCCUGGGGGCUCUCGAACCGACGGACCAUCACGAUCUCCCCUGCCUCGACGAGAAAUCCCGCCUGCCGCCCCAACGCCUCCUCAGAAUAGUGCGCGGACGUCUCCUCCGCGGCCCCAAGCACAACCGCAGUCCGACGAACAGUCGCCGGCGCAGUCUGGCCACAAUAGCCAAAGCACGGUGGCGAAUCAAUGGUCAUUUACGUCAGAGGAAGUUGUGAGCACACCCAGCGUUAUCGACGGAUUACCGCCAUCCGAGGAGAGACUUCGGCGGUCAAAGGGUGUCAAUUUUAUCUACCAAGCUGGCGUGAUGCUGGACUUGCCCCAGAUCACCCUGUGGGUUGCCGGGGUAUUCUUUCACAGGUUUUUCAUGCGCUUCAGCAUGGUGCAGGAGAAGGGCGGCAUACACCACUACAAUAUUGCUGCUACAGCGCUGUUCCUGGCCAACAAGGUCGAGGAAAACUGCCGAAAGACAAAGGAAAUCAUCAUUGCCGUUGCCAAGGUGGCUCAGAAGAAUGCAAAGCUUGAAAUCGACGAGCAAAGUAAGGAAUACUGGAGAUGGCGAGACAGCAUACUGACCUACGAGGAGAUCAUGCUGGAGCAGUUGACCUUUGAUCUCAUGAUUGAUAACCCGUACCGGCACCUCUUUGAACUUCUCGGCCAGCUAGACAUUGUACACAAUAAGAAUCUCCGACAAGCUGCCUGGGCUUUCUGCAACGACGCCUGUUUGACGGCAAUUCCUCUGUUAAUCGAAGCACGGGAUGUGGCGAUUAGUGCCAUUUUCUUCGCUAGUGUCCAUACGCACCAACAGAUUGAUGAUAUCAAUGGCGAGCCGUGGUGGAGAUACUUGAAUGGAGAUGAGGAACGAUGUACCAACGCCAUCGAGGUGAUGCGCCAGUUCUACACGGAGAAUCCGCUCAGAAAGCAGAACACGUCGCUGCCAUCACCCGCAUUCGACUUGGAGAACACGCGAAGGCGCGCCGACACACUGCUUAGCCAGCCUGACACGCUAUCCUCGAAUGGCACACCCAUGGAAUUGGAUAGAGCCAGUCCCAGUAGGAGCCCUGCACCGAGGCCGAAUGGCGCUGAUCGGGGGGAUGGAAGCAUGCCAAGGUCACCGAUGAAGAGAAAAGAUGCUGAACCGGAUGGAGCGGUCGAUUGCGGAAGAGCAGAAAAACGUGCCAGGGUAUCGGAAGACGAAGGCGAGUUGGUGGAGGACUAG